CCCCCCGGGGAGCAGCGGCCGCUCGGGGAAGCAGCGGCAGGCGGCUGAGGAGGAUGGCGUUCCUGGGCGGCUUCCUCCUCCUCCUCCUCCUCACCAGCACCGUGGCCCGGGGGGAGUACGGCGUGGUCCACGUGGUGGCCGAGAACUGGAGCAAGGACUACUGCGUCCUGUUCAGCUCUGACUAUGUCACCCUGCCCCGGGACCUGCGCCACGCCCCGCUCCUGCCCCUGCACGAUGGCACCACGGCCCCCUGGUGCCCAGGCCCCAAAGCCCCCGGCGGGGCCCAGCCCAGCUCCCCGCGCCAGCGGCCCCUCCGCCGCGCCACCGCCAUGGUCAUGAGGGGCAACUGCAGCUUCGACGCUAAGGGCUGGCUGGCUCAGGGCCAAGGCGCCCACGGGCUGCUCAUCGUGAGCCGGGUCCGCGGCCAGCAGUGUGCGGACACCAGCCCGGCCUCCCAGGACCCCCAGCAGCCCCUGCCGGGCCUCACCAUCCCUGUAGCCGUGCUCCGCUACGCCGACAUGCUCGACAUCCUCAGCCACACCCACGGCAGCGCCGCGGUCCGCGUGGCCCUGUACGCGCCCCCGGAGCCCGUCCUCGACUACAACAUGGUGGUCAUCUUCAUCCUGGCCGUGGGCACUGUGGCCGCCGGCGGCUACUGGGCGGGCCUGACCGAGGCCGAUCGGCUGCGGCGGCGCUGGGCCCGAGGAGAAGGAGGAGGAGGGGGGGGGCCGGGCGGGCGCCCCCAGCAGGGAGUGCCGGCGGCCCCGGGGAGCCGGGAGGACGAGGACGAGGACGUGCCCGUGGACUUCACGCCGGCCAUGACGGGGGCCGUGGUCACCAUGUCCUGCUCCAUCAUGCUGCUGCUCUACUUCUUCUACGACUGCUUCGUCUACGUCAUGAUCGCCAUCUUCGGGCUGGGGGCGGGCACGGGCCUCUACAGCUGCCUGGCGCCCCUGGUGCGCCACCUGCGCCCACAGCCCGCGCGGGGACCUGCGGCCGGCCGGCGGGUCUGUGUGCACCGGCCCCUGCUGCUGCUGGCCGGCCUGUGCUCCGUGGUGACCACCCUCUGGGUGGCCCACCGCAACGAGGACCGCUGGGCCUGGCUCCUGCAGGACACGCUGGGGGUGGCCUACUGCCUUUUCGUCCUUCGGCGGGUGCGGCUGCCCACGCUCAAGAGCUGUGCCUCUUUCCUGCUGGCCCUGCUCGCCUUCGACGUCUUCUUCGUCUUCGUCACGCCCCUGCUCACCAGGACCGGGGAGAGCAUCAUGGUGGAGGUAGCCUCCGGACCCACGGAUUCCUUGAGCCACGAGAGGCUCCCCAUGGUGCUCAAAGUGCCACGGCUGAGCUUCUCAGCCUUGACGCUGUGCGACCAACCCUUUUCCAUCCUGGGCUUUGGGGACAUCGUGGUCCCUGGCUUCCUGGUGGCCUACUGUCACCGCUUUGAUGUGCAGAUCCACUCGCGCCAGGUCUACUUCAUGGCCUGCACCACAGCCUACGCCGUGGGCCUGCUGGUCACCUUUGUGGCCAUGGUCCUCAUGCAGAUGGGCCAGCCCGCCCUACUGUACCUGGUCUCCAGCACCCUGCUCACCAGCCUGGCUGUGGCCACCUGCCGCCAAGAGCUCACCCUCUUCUGGACCGGCCAGGGUAGAGCCAAGACACCUGCCCAGCCUGUGGCAGGGCUCCGUGGAGCCCCUUCGUUUGGCUCGGAGAAGCAGGAGGGUGCGGCAGACGUCCACGUGGCGGGCCAGUUUGAGGGGGCUGCCAGCCACCUGGCAGUGGACUUGGACGGCAACCUGGAGGAGGACACGGCCGACACUGCCACCGUGUCUGAGGACGAAGUCACUGGUCCGGAUGGUCGCAGUGAUAGCUCUGAGGGCUGGAGCGAUGCCAAUCUGGACCCCGACGAGCUGCCCCAUGCCUUCCCUGGCGCCUUGGAGGAGCCGAUGCCACGGGAGCCGCAGGCCAUGCUGAGACCGAUGAUGCCACUGAUGCCACCGCCCUCAGAGCUGGGCCGGGUCCAGGCCCAGGCCCACGACCCUGGCCUGCCAUGGGCAGGGCUCCACAAGAGGAAGGGCUUGAAGAUAAAGAAGAGCAUGUCGACCCAGGCUCCCCUGUGAACCGGAACGCUGAGACACGUGCCUCUAGGGGGGCCGGCAGAGUACGACACAGCGCAGCCACACGUGGUCCAAAAGCAAUAGGGGCAUUAAAGAUAUUCCAUAUCUAC